CCCACAAACCCACAACACUGAAAUGUGUUUACACGCGCAGUAAUGUGCUGAAUAUUACAUACGAUCAUUGUUUUUAUUUAUUACUACAGAAAUAUGAGGUUCUUUUGGGCUUUAUUCAUCAAAAUCAAUCUGUAGAAAUCUUAGCUGCGCUCAAAACAACUGCAAACAAGAGGGACAUUUUAUAUUUAAUCUUCUCAGAGUCUGAUCAAACAUUAUUCAGACAACAUAAUUUGCAGUAUGGAUCGCCUGGCAUCUUUUGGAAGUGAUCCUUUUGAUAAGCCUCCAUGUCGUGGAUGCUCUUCAUAUCUAGUGGAGCCUUACAUUAAAUGUGCAGAAUGUGGACCUUCACCUUUCCUCCUCUGUCUGCAGUGUUUUACCAGAGGAUACGAGUAUAAAAAGCACCAGAGUGACCACAAGUAUGAAAUCAUGACAUCAGAUUUUCCUGUUUUAGAGCCUGGCUGGACUGCUCAAGAGGAAAUGGCUCUGUUAGAAGCUGUCAUGGACUGUGGUUUUGGUAACUGGCAAGAUGUGGCUUAUCAGAUGCGCACCAAGACAAAAGAGGAAUGUGAAGGCCACUACAUGAAGAACUUCAUCAACAAUCCUCUCUUCUCCUCCACUCUGCUCAGUCUCCGACAGAUGGAAGAGCAUCUGUCCCGAACAGCAGACACAGCCAUUCCCUUUAAGCCCACAGAUGACCCUCCAAGGCCGUUGUUUGACUCCCAGCUCUCCAGAGAUAUGGCUGGUUACAUGCCAGCUCGCGCAGACUUCAUGGAGGAGUUUGAUAAUUAUGCUGAAUGGGAUUUGAAAGAUAUUGACUUUGUUGAUGAUGACUCAGAUAUUCUUCAUGCACUUAAGGUUGCAGUUGUGGAUAUUUAUCAUUCAAGACUGAAGGAGAGACAGAGGAGGAAAAAGAUCAUUCGAGACCAUGGGCUCAUCAACCUACGCAAGUUUCAUGUGCUGGAAAGGCAUUAUCCUAAGGAGGUACAGGACCUUUAUGAUGUCAUGAGACGCUUUGCCAGGGUGGUGGGACCCAUCGAGCACGACAAGUUCAUCGAAAGCCAUGCAUUGGAGUUUGAGCUGAGAAGAGAGAUCCGCAGACUGCAGGAGUACAGGAGUGAGGGAAUUCAGUCCUUCUGCGGUGCUAAGGUUUACGAGCGUGUGAAGCGGAUGCGAGAGGAUGAGCGCAGGAAGAGGAACAUGUUGUGUGACGUCCUGCAGUACAUUCACGACUCCCGCACAUGUCAACAGUGGCUACACAAACAGGCUGCCAUCGAUGCUGGAAUAACCCCUGUGGUCACCACCAUAAUUACCUCAGGCAGAAGAAGUGCACCUCCUCUUAACCUAACAGGGCUUCCCGGCACAGAGAAACUCAACGAGAAAGAGAAAGAGUUAUGUCAGGUGGUUCGUCUGGUGCCUGGGGCGUAUCUGGAGUACAAACAAGCCCUGCUGAACGAGUGCCGACGGCAGGGGGGUCUGCGACUGGCACAGGCCCGAUCGCUCAUUAAGAUAGAUGUCAACAAGACACGCAAAAUCUACGAUUUCCUUAUCAAAGAGGGCUACAUCAAUAAGGCUUAGCUUUUAUUAAACUGCUCCAAGGACAUCUGAUGAAGAAACAGGCUCAUUGUAGAUCAUUCAUGUUCAGAAUGAGCAACAAAUAGAUUUUAAGUGUACUGGUUAUAUGUAAUGUGUUCCAUGUAAUUAAUUCUAUGUUGAACUGCACCUGUUUGUUAUUAAAAAACUGGGUGCUUCUUUAUGGUUUGUGUUCAGUACUAUUGUGUUUUUUGUUGUGAUCUUAGACUGCUGCUGUUUGUGCCAAGGAUAAUCUGACUCCUUGGCACUGUAACAUUAAAACAGUGAUUUAAUUUCCUUUU